CUUUUCUAAUGCAUUAUGUGCUUGAUAUGCAGGGAUAAAACUAAGUGGCUUCUGAAUUGCACAGUUGGAUACAAGGAAAUUCUUAAGAAUGAAAAGUGUAGAGGAGAAAUGCAACUGAAAAUCAAAGAUGUUUCUGAAAAGGACAAACUCCUUCAGGCCAAGGAGUACGAGGAGGGGCUUGUUGCUGAACCUGUUAGUACUCAAAUAAAAGGUCAUGCUUCAGCCCAUUACUAUGGAAAAAACGAGCCUUCGCAAGACCCAACCAGCACUGCAAAUACCUUUCAGCCAGGUUCCUGGAUGCCACCAGAUGGCAGUAGCCGUAAUAAAUAAAUAGUUGUAGCAUGCAGAAUUUUGUUAAUUAAUUAAUUAAAUUAGAGGUAGGUAUUUCAACAAACAACAUGACUGAAGAAGACUGAUUUUGCUUACAACUAUUCUGCUUUGUUUGCUAUAUUAUGUGUAAUAAAGCUCUGUAUUUAAAAUGAA